UUUUUUUUUUUUUGUUUUUUUUUCCUCUUUGAAGAAGCCAUGUUAACAGCGAACGGGGGUGGGAACCUAGGAUGCCGCGAUUGACCACGUCCAGAACUGGAUGGGUCUGGGGAAGCGAAAUCCGCAGCGUCCCGUCCAGCCAAACGACCGGAACGCCGCCGUCGUCCUGGCGUCGAGGUCGCUGGCGUCUUGGCUGGAUGACGACGCCUUUGUCGCCCGCCUGCUCGCCGCUUCGGGCAUGGCCGACGUCCGUUCUGCCAACGUGUCCGUCCUGACCGCCGCCGUCGACGAGGUCCCGCGCUACGACCGCCGACUCGACCAUUUCACCUCCUCCGAGGGCAUCUCCAUCCUGCGCGGCAAUAACCGCCGCAUCUUGCCCUUCUUUCCCCUCUCCGCCGCCCCCUCGGCCCCUUCGCCGCCCCGCAACAACCUCGGGGGAUCGCAUCCCCCGCCCGGCUCGCUCGAGUUCCGGCCCCCGCCCAAGACGGUCGGCGGCCCCCAGAGAGUCUACGUCCCCCUUGCCAACACCCUCUUUGCCAAUGGCCGGCCGAAUACCAUAGCUGCCAGCCAGUGGUGGUUUCCCAACCAGAUGCGGAUCGGCUCCCAACUUCCCCUUCUCAUGCAAAAGGUCCACCUGAAGGAACAUACCGUCGUACUUCCUCCAGACGACCUGGGCUUCCCCGAGGGUUCGGGAUCCUUAGUGUCCGCCCGAGUCGUCCCGGUGACCCCUGCGCGCAAAGUCCUCAACAGCAUGGGCAACAUCCUAUCCAAGCUCGAGGUCGACGGCAAGUCAGUCCCGGCCUCGGAGGAGCUGGAGCGCAUCAUCCCUCUACUUCUAAAGGCGCCCCGCAAGCUACGGGACGGCGACCACCCCCCAGGCGGCCCCUUCAAUGUCUGGGCCUUGUCGAUACCCCCAGGGUACGCCCACAGCCGCCACAUCUUACAGCCGCUGCAGCUGGCCAACUACAGCCCUGACCAGGAAUGGAGCCUGGCCAAGCUCGCGGCCUACCGGAUGAACAUUCACCUCGCCUGCGGCUGUCGGUUACACAAAGUCGUGAGCGGCGGCGGCGGCUGGGGCGCGAAGCAGGGCCUCUUGUCCCUAGAUCCCCAGACCGAGCCCCUGACCGACGAGGACCAAGACUUGCAGAGCUUUAUCGACUCGUUCUCCCGUAAAUAUGACGACGGUUCUGUCGACGGCGGCAGCGGCAGCGGCAGCGGCAUCGCCCCUCCGGGUUGGUAUGUGCAGUUCUUUGUCGAAGCGGCCUACCCCGAGCCGCAGCAAUACUUGAUCCCGGAACCUCGCGGCUAUGACCCCGAGGAGAGGCCCAGGUCCGUAACUACCGUCUUCGGCACGCCCGGCGCCGUCAUCGGCGCUUCCCCGCUCGAUAUCGUCAGGUCCUAUCCCAAUCUGUUCGGCGGCGUCUCUUCCGAGGGCGUCUAUCUCGUCAGGAGAUCGAAAGCCCAGCAGGCGCUGCUCGCCAAGGAGGAGAAGCUGGCCCGGGAGCGGUUGCAGCUGGCCUCCCAGGAGGAAAAGGAGAUGACCUGGGAGGAGGUCAAGGCCGAGGAGAAGAGACGGGCCCGGGAGGAGAAGGAGGCCUUGCGGGAGCUUCAGGCCUGGAAGACGCAGGCUGCGGAGGAGGACCAGCCUAGGGAGGAGGGCCGGAUGACGAAGGGGGACCAAGCCAGGGAAGAAGAGAAGCAGGCCCGGGACGAGGAGAAGGAAAAGGAGGAGGAGGAGGAGGAAAAGAAAGAGGAGGAGAAGAAGGAGGAGGAGAAGAAAGAGGAAGAGAAGAAGGAGGAGAAGGAGAAGGAGAAGGAGAAGGAGGAGAAGAAGGAGGAGAGGAAGGAGGAGGAGGAUGGACAGAACAAGUGGAUCGUGUCCAAGAUGGACACGCCACGCUCCUACCUGCUAUCUCAAGCGAGCCCCUACGCGGGGGUGCCGCUCUCACCUGCGAACCGAUCGCCGCCGCCAUCCGCGGCCUCAAAGCCUCGCGCCCCCCAUGCAGGACGUUUGACGGGACGGAAGCCUCACGUCCCCCAAGCAAAACCUUCGACGGGGCAGAGGGUUACAGCCCACAAGUCGCCGCGGCGGACUUCGACCCCGAGACCGCGAUCCCAGAAUCGCCAGCAGGUGGGCAAAGCCAAUGGGUCAACCCAAAGUUUGUAAUAUAGAGUCCACUUGUGUACGAAUAGAGAUUGCAUCUUGUGAAGCAGAUCGCACACGAAGUAUAGUACAUCUCGCUGUAU